AUGGAAUGGAACGUCUGGGGACAGUUUGUCACUGAAUCCGUCCAACAAGCUUUCGCCCUUGACGCGCUCCGAACAUCACAUCCCAUCGAGGUACCCGUAUACGAUGGUCUCGAGGUCGACCAGAUCUUUGACCACAUCUCCUACCUCAAGGGUUCCUCAGUCAUCCGCAUGCUGAGCGCUCACCUUGGCGAGAAGGUCUUCCUGCAGGGUGUUGCCGACUAUCUCAAGGCCCACCAGUACUCCAACGCCACUACCAACGACCUGUGGUCUGCCCUGAGCAAGGCGUCUGGUCAAAACGUCAACACCUUCAUGGACCUCUGGGUUCGCAGGAUCGGUUUCCCAGUCGUCACCGUAGCUGAAGAGCCUGGUCAGAUCGGACUGCGUCAACAGCGCUUCCUUCUUGCGGGUAAUGUCAAGCCCGAAGAGGAUCAAACUACCUGGUGGAUUCCGCUUGGCCUUCACUCUGGCGAGUCAGCUUCCAGCGCGUCUGUUCACGAGACCACUGCUAUGACACAGAAGGAAGACACAAUCCGCAACGUCAGUGACAGCUUCUACCUUCUCAACAAGGACCUCACUGGCUUCUAUCGCACCAACUACCCUGCGGACCGCCUGAAGAAGCUUGGAGAAGACCGCGAUCAGCUCACCGUGCAAGACAAGAUUGGCCUCGUGGGUGACGCCUACGCCAACGCAGUGGCAGGUUACGGCUCCACCGCUGGUCUCCUCGCACUGGCAGAGCGCUUCCAGGACGAGUCUGACUACCUUGUAUGGUCUCAGAUUCUGACCAACAUUGGCAACGUCCGCAGCGUCUUCUCCGGCAGCGAAGACAUCAGCGAGGGACUGAGAAAGUACCACCUCAAGCUCAUCACCCCAGCAGUCGAGAAGGUCGGCUGGGAGUUCAAGGAUGGAGAGAAUUACCUCGUCGGCCAACUUCGCGCUAGCCUCAUCCUCUCCGCCGGCAUCGUCGGCCACAAAGCCACCGUUGACGAGGCCCUCAAGCGCUUCGACGCCUACAUCAAUGGAGACAACAAGGCCAUCCAUCCCUCCCUCCGCCGCGCCGUUUUCGCCACCGCCAUCAAGAACCGCGGCGAGCCAGCCCUCAAAGCCGUCCAAAACGAGUACCUCCAUACCACGUCCAUCGACGGCAAAGAAAUCUGCCUCGGCUCCCUCGGCCGCGUCCAAACCCCGGACCUCGCAAAGCAAGUCAUGGACUUUGUCUUCUCCGACGCCGUCGCCAUGCAAGACAAGCACAGCUCCACCAUUGCCCUCGCCAACAACUCAAAGGUCCGCCCGGAAGUCUGGCACUACAUCCGCGAUAACUGGGACUCCAAGGUCCACCCGGCGCUUGCUGGUAACCCUGUUGUGCUGGAGAGGUUCCUUAGGUUUGGUCUGAAUAAGUUUACGGACAGUAAGGUCGCCGAUGAGAUUCAGGAGUUCUUCAAGGGGAAGGAUACGAGGGGGUAUAAUAAGGGGCUGGAGGUUGUGGAUGAUACUAUUAGGAGUUAUGCGGCUUAUGCGGAGAGGGAUGCGGGGGUUGUUAGGGAGUGGCUGGGGGCGAAUGGGUAUGCGUGA